AUGGCUGCUGACUGGCAACCCGAGUGCCUCGUGCCUCAGAACCAGCCGUCCUUGGAGGCUGUGGGUGCUCAUUCGGAUCGAGCUCUUCAGAAUACCUCUGGCAAUGUUCAGUCAUAUUCUGAUGGUCUUGUACACAAUGAUGCUGGUCGAGAGGAUCAUCUCCAGCAGCUAGCUUUCAAGUAUCCUCAACAUGCUGUUGCUCCUCACCCAGUAUCAGCACCCGGCAUCCACCAUCCGGCUUUGGCUGCUCGGCUUCAUGCAAAGAAGCUGCGUCGGUUGAACUCUGUCGGGCCCAAUGCGGCACCUCGACGGGGAAGAAGCUAUCUCAAGUCUCAGAAGUACUUGGAGUAUCGGGCUCGUCCUCGACGAGAUACCGGCAAGGAUGGGGAGCCAGUUUGGUCUGAUGGAUUGGAAGAUGCUUUCCAGCAAGCCCUCGAAGCCAAUCCUCCCAUGGGCCGGAGAAAGUGGUCUGAGCGAGGAAAAUCAUACGGACGAAAUGAGCUCAUUGCCGAGUAUAUCUUCAAAUUGACGGGCAAGCGAAGGACCAGAAAGCAGGUCUCGAGUCAUCUUCAGGUGCUCGACUCGUUUCUGAAGGGUGACCCCGAUUGGGAGCGACUCGUCCGAGAACAGUCCACAGACCGAUCGAGUGGGCAUGCCUCAGCUACCGGUCCCAAGUGGCGGACAUCUAUGGACCACCACGCAGCAUCAAGUCACUAUGGGGCUCAUGGGCAUCCUCAAUAUCACAACCCUAUGAGGGCAAUGCAGGCUUAUGGAGACCUCCCACCCCCGCACUAUACCUUGGGCUCCAACAUGCAAGAUGCUGGAACCAAGACCAUCCAUGGCUUCAGCUUCGACAUGUGGGUGAGCGCACCUCAGGGGGCGAAUCGCAUCGAUAAAGCCCUUCACACAUAUACUCGCCUUCAGGGAGACCUGCACCAUCCAAAUGCCCCUCCUUUGCCUCUUGAAAAUGUCCCUGGAUGGCGCUCUUCGUUCCCCCACCUGUCCUCGUUGAUCGAUGAGCUCAACGGGCCCCUGGAAUGUGAUAUCAUCAUGCUGGAAGUGAACCUCCAGUUGAUGACUGACUUCCCUCCUUCGGGCUCCCGACUAGGCAUUCAGCUUGAUCUGGACUUUGGUCAUCCGACUGCCGGUGACGUGCUCAUGGUGAGCCAGAUGGAUAACUGGUCCUGCAGCACUCGGUUAUAUGAUGAUGGACGCGAGAUUCGGGAGACCUACCACGAACUUCAAAAACCUCACUCGACCAAGGUCAAGCCCCUGUUCGAGUCAUCCUGGUGGGCAAAAAUCUUCACAGAGCGGACGCAGGAUAAGCGGAUUGCUGAGGACUGUGGGCAGCCUGAAGCUAUCCACGCCACUGAUGAACGUACACGACGUUACUUCCGCUCCCUGUCCGCAGUGCAGGAAAUCCGUGCUGUUCCGCCCAGCUCGCGCCGUCUUUCGAACCAGUUCCAAAGCCAUGGCGAUGACAGUGAGCGCAUGGCCAUUCUCGUCUGGAAGUUCCGACAGACUCGCCCUGGUGAAGUCGGAACUACUACGUGGAGACGACUGAUCCCUCCCCCGGAUCGCACUUCGACUAAUAGCCCACACCCUAACUCUGGGGUUGAUCUGCCCCCACUGUCCCUAGACUCCAUCCUUCUCAACAAGCCAUCUCAGGGUGUCUACCAAACGCAACAGCAUCAAGACAUCCUCGCCCACCAGGGCCAAUCGCAGUCACAAUGGCCCAUGUAUCAUUCUUCCCACGACACCGUGGCUAAUAUUUUCAACUCCUCUGGCCAUCUUGACUUCAUGUCCGCAAUCACCAAGGCCGAGGAUGGCAUGGGGGACAAAACAGCCGUUACUUCAGUGCUUGACUCCUUCUCCGCCAGCCUGGCUCCAGAAACCUCCCAGCCAACCAGUUUGAGCGUCUCCAGCGGCGGUCCUGUGAUGAUGAACUUGCACGACAUACCUCUUUCCCACCCAAGUCUCGGCUACGCCAUGGGCCAUGACGCCAGUCAAUACGUGCCAUCACAACAGCACAGUGUCAACCUCCACGACAGCAACAGCGUCCUCAACGGCUUCUUCCCCGGUAGCGCCCAAUCCCUGGAUGAUCUGAGUAACGGACAGGCCUCGUGGGGAGCCCACUCCAACUCUCUCACCGGCGACGUCAGCGCCGGUGGCUACCACCACAUCCCCUUCCAGACGGAGCACCAUGUGCCCGUGUCGCGCGAGUCGCAGCAGCCGCACCACUUUGACGGCCUCAUGCCUCCUGACGAUAUCAUGGACAAGAUCGUCGGGCGUAUGUCCAACACUUCCAGCAUGCACGGGGCAGGCCCUGAUCAUGCUAAUGGCACAUACGCGGAGAAUGGCACUGUGGAUGCGGUCUGA